AUCUUGUACAGUAAUAAUAGUAUCUCAUUUUUCGUUGUCGUGAACAGAAUGUCGAAGGUCAUUUAAAGGUGGAGAGUGUGAAAUCGACAAAGCGUGUAGCGUGUAAUUUUUGUUGCUCUUACUGCCCUGCUAAAAUAAGCAUUAUGAAGUUACUGCUAUUUAUAUCCAUGGGUUUGCUCAUGCUCACCAUCGCUAGUGCUGUUCAGAAGCAAGCUGAGGUGGAGGAUAAUGAAUUUGCUGAGUUUGAAGAGCUUGAUGAAGAUGAUGAGGAUGCCACAGUUGAGGAGGAAGGGGAGGAUGCAGCCUUUGAGGAAUUCAAUGAGGAAGAGGAGACAAAUGAGCAAGCUGUUCAAGAGGAUACAGAAUUCCAAACUAGAGACAACAUCGAGGAUGAAGAAUUUGAUGAAGAUGAGUUUGAAAACAUUGACCAACCAUUAAAAGGUGCAAUGAAAGAUGAAGGCCUGAAAAUUAAAGAGGUACCACUUCACUUCCGGACUAAUUGGGAUAGUUACUACCUGGAAUUUAUAAUGAUUGCUGGAGUGUUGUCUUAUGUUUUAAACUAUCUUACGGGUAAAAGUAAAAACAAUAAACUGGCAACGGCAUGGUUCAAGGUACAUAGAGAAAUACUCGAUAAAAACUUUUCAAUCGUUGGAGAUGAUGGCAGCGGAGAGACGGAGCAGAAUGGUAUCUUGAUGAAGGAUAGCGAAAAUAGAUAUCUGAUCUGGUGCUCAGGACGUAUCUACUGUGAAGGCAUGCUGGUUGAGCUCAAAUUAUUAAAGAGGCAAGACUUAGUAAGUGUUAUGGCAAAGAUGAUGAGACCAACUCCUGAUGAAGUCCGAAUAACAGUAACAAUGAACAAAGACGAUAUGGAUACAUUUGUACUUUUCAUAGGCAACAAAAAAAUUGCCUCCAAAAUGGGCAAAGAGAUGAAUGAUCUGUACAAUUUUUGCCCAGAAAGACGUAGUGGGGAGAAGUAUGGUCUUGGAGCAUCGUUGACUGUGAUGGCAGAAAUGGCAGAUCUAGCUCAAGGAUUAAUAGAUAGUAGGAUUACAAAUUGUUUGAAUGCAUAUCCUGAAAUGUUUGAUUACUUGCAUUUUUCUGAUCAGUACUCUGGGCCAAAGCCUUCCACAGAAGAUGAACAGCCUACCAAGAUGCCAACGACUACCAAAGUACUUAUAUUUAAUUUUAGAAUUCCAGGGAUGGGAAAAUCUUCUACCAAGGAUGUAGAGGCAAUGGUGCCAAUGUUAAAGAUGGUGAUAUAUUGUAUAGAUAAAGUCAAGCGAUACCGUCUUAGCAGGGAGGGAAAAAUUAAAGCAGAUAAAGCUCGUGCAAAAGUUGCAGAAUCAUUUGAGAAGCUUUCUCAUGCUCAACGGCAGGAAGCAGCCCAGCUGAGGCGUGAGGACAAACGACGUCAAGAAAAGGAACGUCUGAUGAACGAAGAUGAUCCGGAAAAAGCUCGGAAAAUUGAAGAUAAACAGUACAAACAAGACAUGAAACGUCGCCUUGGUGCUAGACAAAAACAAGUGAAGAUUCGCUAAGCUUAUUGCCGUUUUAUAUGCAUUACUUAAAUGUAAAUUCAAUUGAAUGAGUGGGUGUUGUUUGGCAGAAACCCAACAGCAACAAUCAAACUAAUUUAACUACUAUUAAUUUUAAUGAAACAUGCAUCCUCAAAUUAAUUUCACUAUUGUGGACCUGUGAGCAGGCAAAAAUCUUCCAGAAAUUAAUCCAUCUCCCAAAAAUAUUUGAUGUAUGUUUUUACCACUGUAUUAUGUAUUAUGCAAUAUUUGGUGUAA